ACCGGCCCCGCACCAUGACCCGCUGGGUGCCCGCCAAGAGGGAGGAGAAAUACGGCGUGGCCUUCUACAACUAUGACGCCCGAGGAGUGGAUGAGCUAUCUCUGCAGAUCGGGGACACGGUGCACAUCUUGGAAACAUACGAAGGUUGGUUCAGAGGCUACACUUUAAGGAAAAAAUCCAAAAAGGGCAUCUUUCCUGCCUCAUACAUUCACCUUAAGGAAGCUAUAGUCGAAGGAAAAGGACAGCACGAAACGGUCAUUCCCAGCGAACUUCCCCUGAUCCAGGAAGUUACUACAACCGUCCGGGAAUGGUCUGUCAUAUGGAGACAGCUGUACGUGCAAGACAACCGCGAGAUGUUCCACAGCGUCCGCUCCAUGAUCUACGACCUGAUGGAGUGGCGGUCGCAGAUCCUGUCGGGCACCCUGCCCCAGGACCAGUUGCGCGAGCUGAAAAAGAAGGUCACCGCCAAGAUCGACUACGGAAACAGGAUCCUGGAUCUGGACCUGGUGGUGAGGGACGAUGACGGGAACAUCCUGGAUCCUGAGCAGACCAGCACCAUCAGCCUCUUUCGGGCUCACGAGGUGGCGUCCAAGCAGGUGGAGGAGAGGCUACAGGAGGAGAAGUGCGAGAAGCAGAACACGGACCCGAACCGGCAGGCCCGUUUCGCAGCCACACCCUCGUGCGCGCUCUUCGUCAACCUGAAGAACGUGGUGUGCAAGAUCGGCGAGGACGCCGAAGUCCUCAUGUCCCUGUACGACCCCGGGGAGUCCCGCUUCAUCAGUGAGAACUACCUCGUACGUUGGUCGAGCUCCGGACUCCCGAAGGAUCUAGACCGUCUUCACAACCUCCGCGCCGUGUUCACCGACCUUGGAAGCAAAGACCUGAAGAGAGAGCGGAUCAGCUUCGUCUGUCAGAUCGUGCGCGUCGGCCGCAUGGAGCUGAGGGACAACAACACCAGGAAGCUGACCUCAGGCCUGCGCCGGCCCUUCGGCGUGGCCGUGAUGGACGUGACCGAUAUAAUUAACGGCAAAGUGGAUGACGAGGACAAGCAGCAUUUUAUUCCCUUUCAGCCGCUGGCAUUGGUGCAGGCCGUCGGACCCAAGCAGCUGCACAACCUGUCGCCCCGUUUCUCACCCAGGGUGGCCGGGGAGAGCGACUUCCUGCAGACGGUCAUCAACAAAGUCAUCGCCGCCAAGGAAGUCAACCACAAGGGCCAGGGUCUGUGGGUCACCCUGAAGCUCGUCCCCGGUGACAUCCACCAGAUCCGCAAGGAUUUCCCUCACCUGGUGGACCGCACCACGGCCGUGACGCGCAAGAUGGGCUUUCCGGAGAUCAUCAUGCCCGGUGACGUCCGCAAUGACAUCUACGUGACCCUGGUCCAGGGGGACUUCGACAAGGGCAGCAAGACGACCGCCAAGAACGUCGAAGUGACUGUGUCCGUCUUCGAUGAGGAUGGAAAGAGGCUGGAGAACGUGAUUUUUCCCGGGGCCGGUGACGAAGCCAUGUCGGAAUAUAAGUCCGUCAUCUACUACCAAGUGAAACAACCGCGCUGGUUUGAAACAGUCAAGGUGGCGAUUCCCAUCGAAGACGUCAACCGCAGCCAUCUGAGGUUCACCUUCCGCCAUCGCUCCUCCCAGGACUCCAAGGACAAGUCAGAGAAAAUCUUCUCUUUAGCAUUUGUGAAGCUGAUGAGAUACGACGGGACCACCCUCCGGGAUGGCGGGCAUGACCUCAUCGUCUAUAAGGCGGAAGCCAAGAAGCUAGAAGACGCGUCCACGUACCUGAGCUUACCGUCCACGAAGAUGGAGCUGGAGGAGAAAGGCCCCGCGAGCAGCGGGAAGCCCCUGCACACCGUGGGCAGCUGUACGGUCAGCAAGGAUUCCUUCCAGAUCGCCACGCUGGUCUGCUCCACCAAGCUCACCCAGAACGUGGGUCUCCUGGGGCUGCUCAAGUGGCGUUCCAACAGUCAGCUCCUGCAGCAGAACCUCCGCCAGCUCAUGAAAGUCGACGGCGGCGAAGUGGUCAAGUUCCUGCAGGACACCCUGGACGCCCUCUUCAACAUCAUGAUGGAGAACUCGGAGAGCGAGACGUUCGACACGCUGGUCUUCGAUUCUCUGGUGUUCAUUAUCGGCCUGAUCGCCGACAGAAAGUUUCAGCAUUUCAAUCCUGUCCUCGAGACCUACAUCAAGAAGCAUUUCAGCGCCACCUUAGCCUACAUGAAGCUGACGAAAGUGUUAAGGAAUUACGUGGACAAUGCUGAGAAGCCCGGUAUAAACGAUCAGCUGUAUAAGGCCAUGAAAGCUGUCGAAUACAUCUUCAAAUUCAUUGUGCGAUCCAGGGUCCUGUUCAAUCAGCUGUACGAAGACAAGGGCGAGGCGGAUUUUGUGGAGUCGCUGCUGCAGCUGUUCAGGUCCAUCAACAACAUGAUGGGCAGCGUGUCCGACCAGACCGUGCGGAUCAAGGGCGCCGCGCUGAAGUUCUUGCCGACCAUCGUUAACGACGUGAAGCUCGUGUUCGAUCCCAAGGAGCUGAGCAAAAUGUUCACCGAGUUCACCCUGAAGGUGCCGCCGGGCUGGUUGACUGUUCAGAAGCUGCAGUGCCUGACCGAAAUUGUCCACAGUGACCUCUUCACCCAGCAUGACUGCAGAGAAAUCCUGCUGCCCGUCAUGACCGACCAGCUCAAGGGCCACCUGGAGAGGCAGGAAGAACUCGAGGCCUGUUGCCAGUUGCUCAGCAACAUCCUGGAAGUGCUGUACCGGGACGAUGUGGGCCCGACACAGCGGCACGUCCAGCUCAUCGUGGAGAAGCUCCUGCGCACCGUGAACCGCACGGUCAUCUCCCUGGGGCGAGACUCUGAGCUCAUCGGAAACUUUGUGGCCAGCAUGACCGCCAUUUUACGACAGAUGGAAGACUACCAUUAUGCCCAUCUCAUCAAGACCUUGGGGAAGAUGAGGACGGAUGUCGUGGACUUCCUCAUGGAGACAUUCAUCAUGUUCAAGAACCUCAUCGGGAAGAACGUGUACCCAUUCGACUGGGUCAUCAUGAACACGAUGCAGAACAAGGUCUUCCUGCGAGCGAUCAAUCAGUACGCGGAUAUGCUCAACAAGAAGUUUCUCGACCAAGCAAACUUUGAACUCCAGCUGUGGAAUAACUAUUUCCAUCUGGCUGUGGCUUUCCUUACUCAAGAAUCUUUGCAAUUGGAGAACUUUUCAAGCGCCAAAAGAGCCAAAAUCCUGAACAAAUACGGCGAUAUGCGGAGGCAGAUUGGCUUUGAGAUCCGGGACAUGUGGUACAACCUGGGUCAACACAAGAUCAAGUUCAUCCCGGAAAUGGUGGGGCCCAUGUUGGAAAUGACCUUGAUUCCGGAGACGGAACUGCGCAAGGCCACGCUCCCCAUUUUCUUCGACAUGAUGCAGUGCGAAUUUCAUUCCACCAGGAGCUUCCAGAUGUUCGAGAAUGAGAUCAUCACCAAGCUGGAUCACGAGGUGGAAGGCGGCAGAGGCGAUGAGCAGUACAAAGUGUUAUUUGAUAAAAUCCUUCUGGAACACUGCAGGAAACACAAAUACCUGGCCAAAACCGGCGAGACGUUCGUGAAACUGGUUGUCCGGCUGAUGGAGAGGCUCUUGGAUUACAGAACAAUCAUGCACGACGAGAACAAAGAAAAUCAGAUGAGCUGCACCGUCAACGUGUUGAAUUUCUACAAGGAAAUCGAGCGGGAAGAAAUGUACAUAAGGUACCUGUACAAGUUGUGCGACCUGCAUCGGGAGUGCGAUAACUACACUGAAGCCGCCUAUACGCUCCUGCUGCAUGCCAAACUACUCAAGUGGUCAGAGGAAGCAUGCGCGGUCCACCUCACCCAGCGCGGCGGGCACCAGACGACCACCCAGGGCCAACUGAAGGACCGGCUCUACCAGGAAAUCAUCCAUUACUUCGACAAGGGCAAGAUGUGGGAGGAGGCCAUCGCUCUGGGCAAAGAACUGGCCGAGCAGUACGAAAAUGAAAUGUUCGACUAUGAACAACUCAGCGAGUUGCUGAAAAAGCAAGCCCAGUUUUACGAGAACAUCGUCAAGGUGAUCAGACCCAAGCCGGACUACUUUGCUGUUGGCUACUAUGGCCAGGGCUUCCCGACUUUCCUGCGGGGAAAAGUGUUCAUUUAUCGCGGGAAGGAAUACGAGCGGCGGGAAGAUUUCGAGGCCAGGCUGCUGACCCAGUUUCCGAACGCGGAGAAGAUGAAGACGACGGCCCCUCCCGGCGACGAUAUUAAAAACUCGUCUGGGCAGUACAUCCAGUGCUUUACCGUGAAGCCCAAACUCGACCUGCCCCCAAAGUUUCACCGGCCGGUUACGGAGCAGAUCGUGAGUUUCUACCGAGUGAACGAGGUCCAGAGAUUUGAAUAUUCCCGACCUGUCCGAAGAGGAGAGAAAAACCCAGAUAAUGAAUUUGCGAACAUGUGGAUUGAGAGAACCAUUUACACCACGGCCUACAAAUUCCCCGGGAUCUUACGAUGGUUUGAAGUCAAAACAGUUUUCAUGGCGGAAAUCAGCCCUCUGGAGAACGCCAUCGAGACGAUGCAGCUGACCAACGACAAGCUGCACGGCAUGAUCCAGCAGCACGUCAACGACCCCAACCUUCCGAUCAACCCCCUGUCCAUGCUGCUCAACGGCAUCGUGGACCCGGCCGUCAUGGGCGGCUUCGCCAACUACGAGAAGGCAUUCUUCACGGAGAGAUACCUCCAGGAACAGCCCGACGACCACGAGAAGAUUGAGAAGCUCAAGGACCUCAUAGCCUGGCAGAUCCCCUUCUUGGCCGAAGGCAUCCGCAUCCACGGGGACAAAGUGAGCGAGGCCCUGCGCCCGUUCCACGAGAGGAUGGAGGCCUGUUUCCGGCAGCUGAAGGAGAAGGUGGAGAAGCAGUACGGCGCCCGGGUCAUGGCCUCCAGCCUGGAGGAGCGCCGAGGCCUCCGUCCGCGCUCCAUGGUCCGCUCCUUCACCAUGCCCUCGUCCUCCUCCUCCUCCUCCCGCCCGCUGUCCGUCGCCUCCGUGUCCUCCGUGUCCUCGGACGGCACCCCAUCCCGGCCCGGCUCCGACGGGCUGGUACUGGAGCCCCUGCUGCCCCGGAAGAUGCGGUCCCAAGAGCUGCUGCUGGAUGACUGGUCCCUCGGCCUGGCUCCCGGCUCCGGCCCGGCCGCCGGCCCGGCCCCAGGAGGCCCCGCCGUGGCCGACAGGAAGGACCGGAGGAAGGAGAAGCGGAGCAGCCGCCAACACGAGACCCCGGACAGGGAUAACGACGCCCCGCUGGCACCCGCCGAGGCCGUCAUCCUCUCCGAGACGAUCAGCCCGCUGAGACCCCAGAGACCAAAGAGCCAAGUCAUCAACGUCCUGGCCUGCGAGAGACGUCUCUCUGUGUCUCCGGCGCCACUGGCCUCCCAGCCUCCGCCGAUCACACCGAGGACCAAGCUCUCCUUCGGCCUCCAAUCUGGUUUGGAGCUGAACGGGACGAGCAGCCCGGAGGGGCCGUCGAUGCCCCCGCCUCUGCCCCUGAAGGGUGGCACGGCUGAGUACGGAAACCUAGUGGAAAUCCACGACUCGCCGGGGCCCGUCACCCCGCCGCCGCCUCCGCACCAGCGGCAUCACCUUCCUCCUCCACUUCCCAGCAAGACGCCACCCCCUCCUCCUCCUCCCAAGGCCACGCGCAAGCAGGCGUCGCUGGACUCCGGAAUCGUGCAGUAAAAAGACACAAAAGCAUCUCCCAGGAGCACACUGGACCAGGCAGCCCAGUUCCCUACUGGACUCCCCCAUUUCCCGCGUCCUCCCGGCCGACCGCCGUCCUCUCGCUGCCCGGGAUGCCCGGCCCUAAGGUAGGCGGGUCAAGGGGACGGCCGCCCCCGUGUCCCUCCGGCUGAGCACGGCCGACAUCCGCGCCCACGUCAGAGGACCUGGGUUCUGAUCUGGGUUCUGCCACCUGUCUGCUGUGUGACCUCGGGCAAGUCGCUUCCCUUCU